UCCAUUCAGCUGUCACUGAAAGACAGCAGCAGCACUAGAGUCAGUCCACUCAGAGUGUGCCACUCGGUACAGGCGGGCGAUUCUUCAUCUCUCUUUCUCUCUUCAGUCCAGGAUGGCAAAAUAACACGGUGAAGGCGGAUAGAUCAGCAACUGCGUAUGGGAGACUGUUAUUACAGUAAGUUUAUUUUCCACUAGAGUUAAACACUCUAGACACACGCUUGUAAAUGCGUAUUGGUAAAAUUAAAGUGAAUCGAUCGGAGAUGUGGAGAGCUGUCCUGCUGCUGCUCACCGGCUGCGUGUGUGCGAGUGUGCCCGAGGAGCCAGCGGACAGAGCGGCUCCAUCUGACGGCUACUGCAGCUGGAUAACGCGGGCUCAGCCGCACGGAGCUGGAGGCAGGAGAGAGGGCUUCAAUGAGUUCAGACUGCGAGUAGAAGGAGACCCGGAGCAUUAUCAUCCCGGAAGCACUUAUCGAGUAACCCUGUAUGCAACCAACCCUGCAUACUUCAGAGGCUUUACUCUUAUCACUCUGAAGGAAGGGCACAAUGGUGACCAUGAGGAGGAUUAUGCUGGAAAUUUCCAGAUAAUCGACGAGGAAGACACACAGUUUAUGACAAACUGCCCUCCAGCAGUGACAGAAAGCUCCCCUCGCAGGAGGACCAGGAUACAGGUGUUCUGGACAGCGCCACCAUCAGGCAGUGGCUGUGUACUGCUAAAGGCUAGUAUUGUUCAGAGGAAGAUUAUCUCAUUCCAGGAUGAGGGCUCGCUCACGAAGCGGAUGUGUGAGAAAGAACCGCUGUAUGGAGAAACCACAGACAAACCCCUGCUGGACUGCUGUGCCUGUGGAACUGCCAAAUACAGAGUCACCUUCUACGGGAACUGGUCAGAGAAAUUGCACCCAAAAGACUACCCAAGGAGAGCCAAUCACUGGUCGGCCCUCAUUGGAGCUUCCCAUUCGAAGAACUAUAUAUUGUGGGAGUAUGGAGGUUAUGCCAGUGAUGGGGUCAAACAGGUCGCUGAACUGGGCUCACCGGUCAAGAUGGAGGAGGAGAUCCGUCAAAAGUGCAAUCGUAUCCGCAUGUAA